AUCCUAAAUUGAUCAAAACCUGACGACCUCGAUGGAGUAAGAUCGGUCGUGGUUUAUAUGGACUAGCUCAUAUAUGGAGCAAAAUCUCACUAUAAAAAAAUUGUACAUGUACCUCGUGUUGUCCACGGGUGCUCACUAUUCAUUGGACAAGUUUGUAAUUUUUUUUUUGCUGGAUGCUUUUCAGACUGUCUUCGGGUGAAUUAGAAGACGAAAAUGAAAAUCCAAGACCACUUCCAAAAAGUGGUAUAAACCCCAUGGAAUCACCCAUUUAUUCUUAUUUAUUAAUUAAUUAUUAAGAAAUAAAAUUUACUUUUAAUAUAUAGGUACACAUGGUCAUAUGAAAUGUCUAUUUCAUGGAAUUCUUAAAUCACAAGAUACUGUAUUUAUGAAUCUCUAUAAACAUAUUUAUCCCAAAUGGACAUCUGAAUCAUUGACAAUUCAAUAA